AGUGCGCCCCUGCGGCCCGAGGAUCGUCGUGCGCCACAUCGCAUCCAAUUGGUGCCGAGAACAACGCGCACUGAUCUCAGCUGUUGUCAGCAGCGGGAAGCUGAAAGUGGUUGUUUUAGCGUCUUCUUCUUUUUUGUUGCGUUACGAGCGUCUCCCCUUUUUACUCCCAGCAGAGGAGGUGUCGGACCAUGCGUUCCUCGCGCAGGUGAAAAACAAAUUUCCGAUUUGGAGUUUGUCGCUGCAGCAACUUUUAGGCGCCUCGGAGGAUUUUUUUUUUUUUCACGCAACCUUAACAAAGAUUUUUUUUUCUACUUCUUUUUUAUUAAUCUUGAGAAAUGUCUCGCAAGAAGUCUGCCAAAGGCAAAGGCGCGACCAGCAGCCCGUCCGCGGGCAGCCUCACCGGCAAAGGGACCGGGAAAGGAGCGAGGAGCAGCCCGGCCAUCGUCCAGAUGAACGGCGUGGUCCAUCCCAUCAGACCCUCCGUCAGCUGCAGCAGCGACUUCUAUGACAUCGCUUUCAAGGUGAUGCUGGUUGGGGACUCCGGUGUGGGAAAAACGUGUCUACUGGUCCGUUUUAAAGACGGAGCUUUCCUGGCCGGCAGCUUCAUCUCCACUGUGGGCAUUGACUUCAGGAAUAAAGUCCUGAACAUCGAUGGCGUCAAGGUGAAGCUCCAGAUCUGGGACACAGCUGGACAGGAGCGCUUCCGUAGUGUCACUCACGCCUACUACCGUGACGCCAACGCUUUGCUUCUGCUAUAUGACGUCACAAACAAAACAUCCUUUGACAACAUACAGGCAUGGCUGACUGAGAUCCACGAGUACGCCCAGCAGGAUGUGGUGCUCAUGCUGCUUGGAAACAAGGCCGAUGCCACUCACGAGAGGGUGGUGAAGAGAGAAGACGGUGAGAGGCUCGCAAAGGAGUUUGGCGUUCCCUUCAUGGAGACCAGCGCCAGGUCAGGUCUAAAUGUAGAGCUGGCUUUCACUGCUGUGGCAAAGGAGCUGCAGCACCGCUCUCUGGAGGAUCCCAGUGAGAAGUUUAAGCUCCAGGAGUACGUAAACAAGGAGAUGAAGAGCACAAGCUGCUGCAGGUCUUAGAUCCUGCUCUUGUCAUUUUCUGUGUGUGUGUGUGAAUCAUUCGUGUUCAUAUCAUAGAUACAUUGUUCCUACCCUUUCAAUCCUCCCCAUCGAAGUCCACAAUCCGUGCUGUUGCCCUUCACUCAUCUCACUGCACUCAUCUACUUUCAUAUGUCCUGCUUGUACUCCUCCAUCUCUUUCUGCAGCUGUGAAUGUAGCUCCAGGUUACAGGUUUGCCAAAGACAGUUAGACGCUCCAAAACCUAUUAACGUAUCGAUUCAUUUAUUACCGUAGCUGCAUGAUAUUUAGGAACGUCGGAAGCCUGCCCUUGCGUUAACUUGUGUGGUCGUGUUAUUGGAAUGGGAUCUUCUUGCAUCAGAAUUAGUGGUCGUUUUUCCUGUAAAGUUGUUUAUUUCCCAUCAAAUUAAAAACGUCGGUGACAUUCGACAUUUUGGUAGAAUGCCGUCGUCUCGGUCAGCGUGUGGAUAAAUGUUCAGAACAGAUGUAGUUUAUAGUGAUGCUCGUUCUGUCCAUGGUUCAGGCUUAUUGAUUUAACAGGCUCUUUGGAGCCAAUUUAGCUCACCAGGGUAAACUGUUUGUUAUCAUCAUUAAUUCCAAUUCCAAUCCACGAAUUGGAGUAUGGAUGAGAAAUGUUGACGAUGUUACUCAAAUCAUGAUAUACAACACACAGAAGUGUAUAUCUCUUACUUUUUAAUGUUACAUUUGUAGUCACAUUUUCAAAUAUACGUAAGCGGCUUUAAUUUUUGCAAUCAUGAAUAUAUUAAUGGGGUGUAUAGUGCCAUGUUUUCUUAAAAGCAUUUCUUACGAUCACUACAUUUUAACCAGGUCUAAAAUGAAAGAAAAGCUUAGGCCUAUUUUCUAUGACUGUUUCUUUGGUGGAUUGAAUGUUAGUCAUAGAAACUGCAUAUGUCCGUAAAGUAUUUACUAUACAUCUUAUGUUUUUCCUAUCUUGAUGUACACAGGAAGAUGUGGAUUUUUGGCUUUACUUUUUAAUGUGCAACUUAACUCCUGUAUCUGAAAAUUAACAACAAUAAAAAAAUGAGCUCCUGGCUUUUGUGCAUGGAGGUCAUAGAAAUGUAAA